AUGACGCUAGAUGAAGGAGAGACUCUCUCGCGGGCGGUGCAGCAGCUACGCCGGGCAUGUAGUGAUGUGUCUGGUGCUACCGCAGAGUUGGGCACUGCGCGGGAUAUGAUGGCUCGUGAGAAGUUGCGCAAAGCACGCUUACUUGCCACACAAUGUGAGGGAAAAGUCUCUGGUAUUCUCUCUUCAUGUGUGGGGGCGGAGAUGGUUGCUUUGCGGGGUCAGUUUCACUCUGCAAUGUCAGAGUUUGAUGUGCUUAAUAAGGAAGCCACACGAAAGGAAAGACAAACGUGGCGAUCCAGUGUCCAAACCGAUACUUCUUCAUUAGGAAGAGGAGGGGAAGCGGGAAGGGGUGAGUCGCUUGCAAUGUAUGAACCUGUGCGAGUUCAGGAGAUAAAAACUGUUGAUAUGUCGGAAUUUCACACAGAAGAGGCACUUCAACGUGAAAAGUUGCUCGGUGUGAGAGAAAUUGAAGGCAAUAUGAUGGAUCUGAGGACCACAUAUAUGGAGUUUAAUGACCUUGUGCAGCAUCAGCAGACUAAUCUUGACAUGAUGACAGAGAAUGUUUCUUCUACACAGACAUAUGUGGAAAAGGGAAGAAGUGAGAUUAAAGUUGCCUCUAGACGCCAACGUUGUGGGAGGAAAAUGUUGUGUACUAUUGCUGGUGUUCUUGUUAUUGUUAUUAUUGUUGUCAUUGUAGUGGUUGUUGUUCUCAAACGUUGA